AUGCAAACUUUCCCCGCCGCGCCGCGGCGGCUGCUGGUCGGCUUGCUGCCGCCGCUGCUGCUGUUGGCCGGCUGCGCCUGGGCUGGGGCACCGGAGCCGCCGCCAGGGAGCAGCGCCGCGGUCUCCUCGCCGUGGUCACCGGAGGCGGCCCCCGUGGUGGUGGCCAACCGCGGGCUGCGGGUGCCCCUGGGCCGCUCCGCCUGGCUGGACCCCGCGCGGGACCUGGUGCUGCAGGUGCAGCCGGGUGACCGGUGCCACCUCACCGUGCUGGACGAGGACCCGCUGUGGCAGCGCCCGGGCCACCUGAGCCCCCGGCGCUUCCCCUGCGACUUCGGCGCCCGCGAGGUGCAGUACUCGCACCUGGGCGGCCGCAGCCCCGCGCGGGACCGCGUCCGCCUGCAGCUGCGCUACGACUCGCCGAGCCGCUCCCUGGUGCUGCCCCUGGUGCUGGAGGUGGAGGUGCUCUUCACCCAGCUGGAGAUCGUCACCCGCAACCUGCCCCUCAUUGUGGAGCGCCUGCGGGGCACCAGCAACCCGCUGGAUGCCCGCAGCCUGGAGUUUGCCUUCGAGCCGGGCCGGCAGCGCUGCCGGGUGGGGCUGCUGCCGCUGCUGGCCGGGCUGCCCCGCUACGGAGAAAUCCUCAACUACCCCCCGGCGGCCGUGAGCGCGGGCGGGGAGGCGGCGGGGGGCGUCCCGGUGCCUUCCUCGAUGUGGGACUGCGAGGAGUUCCUGCGCCUGGGGCUGCGUUACCGGCACACGGCAGCCGGCGGGUCCCCGAAUCGUGACCUGUUACCACUGGUGGCGGAGCUGCGGGAGGCGGCGGGCGGCGGGGCACUGCUGAAGCGCGAGUACUUCCAGGUGCUCGUGCGGAUCCGGGCCGGGACUGAGAAUGUGGCCCCCAAACCCAGCUUCUUGGCCAUGCUAAUGAUGGAGGUGGACCAGUUUGUCCUCACGGCCCUUACACCUGACAUGCUGUCAGCUGAGGAUGCUGAGUCGCCACCAGACCUGCUGCUUUUCAACAUCACCUCUCCCUUUGGCCCUGGCCAGGGCCACAUGGUCAGUACAGAUGACCGGAGCUUGCCCGUCACCUCCUUCAGCCAGCGGGACGUGAGGGAGCUGCGCAUUGCCUACCAGCCGCCCAUGGAGGACUCGGAUCGAGAGCGGCUUUUUGAGCUCGAGCUGGAGGUAUUGGACCCAGAGGGUGCCGCCUCAGAGCCCUUUGCCUUUGUGAUUGUGGUGAAGCCAAUGAACACCCUGGCACCCGUGGUGACCCGCAACACUGGCCUUGUGCUCUAUGAGGGUCAGUCGCGGCCUCUCUCAGGCCCAGGUCCCAGCCCUAACCUGGUGAUCAGUGAUGAGGAUGACCUUGAGCAGGUGCAGGUGAGCGUGGUGGCAGGGCUGAGGCAUGGCCACCUCACUCUCCUGAAGGACACACCAGGAUCUGCUGCCCCCCGUAAACAUUUCACCGUGGCUGAGCUGGCAGCAGGCUGGGUCAUUUACCAGCAUGAUGGCAGUGAGUCUCCACUCAGUGACAACCUGGUGCUGCGGUUGGAAGACGGUGCCUCUCGCCAUCGCGUUGAGUUCCUUUUCCCCAUUACCCUGGUGCCCAUUGAUGACCAGCCACCCCUACUUAAUGCUAACACCGGGCUUGCCAUGGCUGAGGGUGAAACAGUGCCCAUCACCACCCGUGCUCUUAGUGCUACUGACAUUGACUCGCAGGAUGCCAUCCUGCUCUUCAUAGUGGAAUCUGGCCCAACUGCUGGGCAGCUCCUACUUCGUCAAGCACAACCACCUCCUGGCUGGGAAGAGGAGGAAGAAGAUGAGGGCUUUUCUUGGAGGAGAAUACCAGCUUUAGCAGGGAGCUCCCUCAUCUAUGAAAAGCCAGUGAGAGAGUGGCUGCAACAGGACAUUGUAGAAGGGCGUCUCUAUUACCAACACUUUGGUGCUCACAGCCCUGGCCCUGGGGUUGUGUUGGACCAGUUUGUCUUUAGAGUCCAGGAUGACAAUGACCCACCCAACCGCUCAGGGCCACAGACUUUUGUGAUCCGGGUACAUCCUGUUGACAGGUUAGCCCCAGAACUGCAUAGUAGCAGCAGCCUGCAUUUAAUAGUUGCAGAACAGCAGGUGACCCCCCUGCGGAGGAAGCACUUGUGUUACACAGAUCAGGAUUCAGGGGACCGUGAACUUCGCUACACAGUAACACAGCCCCCCACUGACACUGACACCAACCACCCUCCUGAUGUACAUGGAGUUCGCCUUGGAUCCCUUGUACUGACUGAGGAUCACUCUGUAGAAGUUACUCACUUCACCCAAGCCCAGAUCAAUCACCACAAGAUCUCGUACCGCCCCCCACAGGAGGAGCUGGGGGUGGCUCCUCAUUUGAUUCAGUUUCAGUAUCUAGUGCAAGACGCGGCUGGCAAUGCAGCCAAAGGGACGUUCACCAUCUACCUGCAGCCUGUGGAUAACCAGCCUCCUGAAAUCACUAAUACUGGUUUCACUUUGCCUGAAGGAGGCAGCCAUGUCCUUCGUCCAACUGAGCUGGAUGCUAGUGACACGGACACAGAACUUGCCCAUCUGAGAUUUAUCUUGACCCAGGUUCCUCGGUAUGGCCAGUUGCAGCUUUCCGGGUACAGUCUGGUUCCAGGAGGUGUCUUUGGCCUGGAGGAUAUCAGACAAGGGAGGGUGGUGUAUGUGCACAGUGGAGCUGAGACCAGCAGUGAUACCUGCAGGCUUGAUGUGAGUGAUGGGGUUCAUUUUGUGCCCAUCACACUGAAAAUGAAUGUGCACCCAGUUGAUGAUGAGGUUCCUACACUUCGAUUGCCCCCGGGCACUCUUGGUUCCUACCUAGAUGUGCUGGAGAAUGGUGCUGCUGAAAUCACUGCUAACGUGAUUCAAGGUACCGAUGAGGAUACAGAUGACUUAAUGUUAACCUUCAUUGUAGAGGAUCCUCCUCAGCAUGGGAGCAUCCUGGUUCAAGGAGUGCCUGCAGAGAGAUUUUCCCAGAGAGAUCUGCUGGAUGGUGCUGUGGUAUAUGCGCACACUGGUGGCGAAAUAGGCCUUCUGCCCAAGGAAGAUGCCUUCAACCUUACCUUAUCCGACCUGUCUGAGAAGUGGAGCGUCAGGGGCAAUGUUGUUCAGGGAGUUUCAGUUGUGGUGACCAUUCUUCCUGUCGACAGUCAAGCCCCAGAGAUUUUUGUGGGGGAGCAGUUCAGGGUAACAGAAGGUGACAAACGGGUCAUUACUUCUGCUUACCUCAGGGCUGAAGAUGUGGAUACUCCAAGUGAUGAUAUACUCUGCACAAUUGUUGCUCAGCCCACAUCUGGAUAUGUAGAGAACAUCUCUCCUGCCCCAGGGUCUGAAAAAUCUAGGGCAGGUGUAGCUAUAAGUGCUUUUACCUUGAAAGACCUCCGUCAAGGGCAUAUUUUUUAUGUCCAAAGUAUACAUAAAGGUGUAGAGCCUGUCGAAGACAGAUUUGCUUUCCGCUGUUCUGAUGGCAUUAACUUUUCCCAGAGGCAGUUUUUCCCCGUUGUUAUUAUGCCCAUCAAUGAUGAAGAGCCUGAAAUCUUUGUGCGAGAGUUUGUUGUGAUGGAAGGCAUGAGCCUGGUUAUUGAUACCCCUAUCCUCAACGCAGUUGAUGCAGAUGUACCUGCUGAUGAGUUAACGUUCACAAUCACUAGCGUUCCCAGGCACGGCCACAUUGUGAACCAGCUGGUCAAUGGAACUGUCCUCGUGGAGAGCUUCACCUUGGAUCAGAUAACAGAGAGCUCCAACAUACUCUAUGAACAUGAUGACUCUGAGACAAAGGUGGACAGUUUUGAGGUGAAACUCACAGAUGGUAAACAUACUGUUAGGAAAACAGUAUCCAUCAUGGUUAUUCCUGUAGAUGAUGAGACACCCAGAAUGGCCAUCAAUGAUGGUUUGGAGAUUGAAAUAGGGGAAACUAGAACUAUUAAUAACAGAAUAUUGAAGGCUACUGAUCUUGAUUCUGAAGACAAAACCUUGACAUAUAUUAUAAGAUAUGGGCCGGGACAAGGCCUCUUGCAGAGAAUAAAGCCUUCAGGUGGAGUUGAGAAUAUCACCCUGGGAAUGAACUUCACCCAAGAUGAAGUGGAUAGAAACUUGAUUCGAUAUAUGCAUUUUGGCCGACAAGGAGUUCGUGAUCUUAUCAAGUUUGAUGUGACGGAUGGAAUAAAUCCUCUCAUUGACCGCUACUUUUAUGUGACAAUAGGUAGCAUUGAUAUUGUCUUCCCAGAUGUAAUCAGCAAAGGAGUUUCUUUGAAGGAAGGAGGGAAGGUAACCCUUACUACUGAUUUGCUCAGCACUAGUGACCUGAAUAGUCCAGAUGAGAACUUAGUUUUCACUAUUACCAGAGCACCUGUUCGUGGUCAUCUUGAAUGCACAGAUCAGCCUGGGGUACCCAUCUCCACUUUUACUCAACUCCUGUUAGCAGGCAAUAAAGUCUAUUACAUUCACACUUCAGAAGAUGAGGUGAAAAUGGACAGCUUUGAGUUUGAGGUGACUGAUGGCUAUAACCCUGUGUUUCGUACUUUCAGAAUUUCCAUAAGUGAUGUGGACAAUAAGAAACCUGUUGUCACAAUCCAUAAUCUGGUAGUGAGUGAAAAUGAAUACAAACUGAUAACCCCAUUUGAACUGACUGCAGAAGACAGAGAUACACCUGAUGCAUUGCUGAAAUUUGUCAUCACUCAAAUACCAGUUCAUGGUCAGAUCAUGUUCAAUAACUCCAAACCAGUCACCACCUUCACUAAACAAGAUCUAAAUGAAAAUCUAAUCAGCUACAAACAUGAUGGCACAGAAUCAGUUGAGGAUAGUUUCUCUUUCACUGUUACUGAUGGCACUCAUACUGAUUUCUAUGUCUUCCCCAACACUGUGUUUGAAACAAGGAAGCCUCAGACUAUGAAGAUUCGAAUAAUGGCUGUGGACAACAGUGUGCCUCAGGUUGUAAUAAAUAAGGGUGCUCAGACUCUUCGUAUCCUGGCCACAGGUCACAUUGGGUUUCUGAUUACCAACAAGGUGCUCAAAGUGGAAGACAGGGACAGUUUGCAUGUUACUCUUAAGAUCAGAAUCACAGAGGGUCCACGCCACGGCUUCCUGAUCCACCUAGGGAAAGGCAACCAUAGCAUCAGCCAGUUCACCCAAGCUGAUAUAGACGAUAUGAAGAUAUGCUAUGUUUUACGAGGGGGUGACAAUGCCACCAGUGACAUUUUUCAUUUCAUCGUUGAAGAUGGUGGAGGCAAUAAACUGAAGAAUCAACAUUUUCGCCUAAACUGGGCAUGGAUCUCCUUAGAAAAGGAGUAUUACUUAGUAAAUGAAGACGCAAAAUAUCUUGACAUUGUUCUUAAACGGAGAGGUUACCUGGGAGAAACGUCUUUUAUAAGUAUUAGCACCAAAGAUGGUACGGCCAGGAAAGAUAAAGACUUCAGAGGAAAAGCCCAGAAGCAAGUGCAGUUUAAUCCCGGUCAAACCUUAGCUACGUGGCGAGUACGGAUUUUGAGUGAUGGUGAACAUGAACAGUCUGAAUCCUUUCAAAUUGUUCUUUCUGAGCCUGUCAUGGCAAUUCUGGAAUUUCCUGCUGCAUCCAAAGUGGAAAUUAUUGACCCAGGAGAUGAAUCAACUGUCUUUAUUCCUCAGUCCGCCUAUAGUAUUGAAGAAGAUAUUGGUGAAUUGUUUAUUCCAGUCAGAAGAAGUGGAGAUGUGAGUCAGGAACUGAUGGUUAUCUGCUACACACGACAAGGAACAGCAUCUGGCACUGCCCCAACUUCUGUACUUUCUUACUCUGACUACAUAUCCAGGCCUGAGGAUCACAACAGCAUUCUACGUUUUGACAAAGACGAACGAGAAAAAAUGUGUCGCAUUGUCGUCAUAGAUGAUUCCUUGUAUGAAGAGGCUGAGACCUUUGAUGUUUUGCUGAGCAUGCCCAUGGGUGGAAGAAUUGGUGCAGAAUUCCCAAGCACUCGUAUUACCAUUGUACCUGACAAGGAUGAUGAACCAGCAUUCUACUUUGGAAAUGAUGAAUACUAUGUUGAUGAGAGUGCUGGCUACAUUGAAGUACGUGUAGGGAGGACUGGAACUGAUCUGUCUAAAGCUGCCUCUGUUACAGUGAGGUCUCGCAAAUCUGAACCAGUAACUGCAGAGGCUGGAGUAGAUUAUGUAGGCAUCAGUCGUAAUUUGGAUUUUUCCCCCGGAGUCAAUAUGCAGACGUUUCGUGUGGUAAUUCUGGAUGACCUUGGACAGCCAGUGUUAGAAGGAACUGAGAAGUUUGAGCUUGUGCUAAGGAUGCCCAUGAAUGCUGCCCUUGGAGAACCCAGCAAGGCCACCAUCUUCAUUAAUGACUCAACAUCUGACUUGCCUAAGAUGCAGUUUAAAGAAUCUGUAUAUGUAGUCAAUGAAAAUGACGGACAGAUUUCUGCCAUGAUAUAUAGGAGUGGGGAUAUCCAAUACACGUCCACUGUGAGAUGCUAUACAAGGCAAGGUUCAGCUCAGGUAAUGAUGGACUUUGAAGAACGUCCUAAUACUGACAGUUCCAUCAUCACAUUCCUUCCUGGUGAAACUGAGAAGCCUUGCACACUGGUGCUUAUGGAUGAUACUUUCCAUGAAGAAGAGGAAGAACUACGUCUGGUUCUUGGCACUCCAAGAAGCGAUUCUUCCUUUGGUGCCUCUGUUGGUGAACAAAAUGAGACACUGAUAAAGAUUCGGGAUGAUGCAGACAAAGCUAUUAUUAAAUUUGGUGAGACCAAAUUUAGUGUGAGUGAACCAAAGGACACAAGACAAGUAGUAGUUGUAAAAAUCCCAGUGCUUCGUCUGGGAGACACUUCCAAGGUUUCUAUUGUAAGAGUUCAUACAAAGGAUGGAUCUGCUACUUCCGGAGAAGACUAUCACCCUAUAUCAGAAGAAAUUGAGUUUAAAGAGGGUGAAACACAGCACUUUGUGGAAGUUGAAGUUCUCUUUGAUGGAGUAAGGGAGAUGAGAGAAGCCUUCACUGUUCAUCUGAAGCCUGAUGAGAACAUGGUUGCAGAAAUACAGACAGCCAAGGCCAUUGUUUACAUAGAAGAAAUGAACAGCAUGGCAGAUGUCACCUUUCCCUCUGUCCCUCAAGUUGCAUCUCUUUUGAUAUAUGAUGAUAUUUCUAGAGCCAAAGACAGAACCAGUCCUGUAGCUGGCUAUCCUGUCAUCUGUAUCACAGCUUGUAAUCAAUAUGAAGACUUUGACAAGACUGGUUCUAUAUGUGCCAGUGAGAACAAUAAUACUCUGACUCAGUACCGGUGGCUUGUAAGUGCACCCACUGGCCCUGAUGGUGUGACCAGCCCCAUGAAGGAGGUUGACUUUGAUACCUUCUUCACUUCCUCUAAAAUGAUUACACUCGACUCCAUUUACUUUCAAGCUGGUUCUCGUGUCCAGUGUGCAGCUCGGGCUGUGAAUUCAGAUGGGAAUGAAGGUCUUGAGCUUAUGAGCCCUAUUGUAACUAUCAGCACAUCAGAAGGUCUUUGUCAACCUCGUAUAUCAGGAGUAGUUGGAGCAGAACCAUUCUCUGCCAAAUUGCGUUAUACUGGUCCAGAAGAUCCUGAUUAUGCCAACCUCAUCAAACUGACCGUCACAAUGCCACAUAUUGAUGGCAUGCUGCCUGUUAUUUCUACAAGAGAACUCUCCAACUUUGAGCUGACACUUAGUCCUGAUGGAACUAGAGUUGGAAACCAUAAAUGCUCCAACCUGUUGGAUUACACAGAAGUAAAAACCCAUCAUGGUUUUUUAACUGAUGCUACCAAGAAUCCAGAUGUGGUUGGAGAGACCAUUCCCUAUCAAUACAGCCCAACAAUCAGAGGCUUCAAUACCUUGCGCUUUUACCGCAAUCUGAAUCUGGAAGCCUGUUUAUGGGAGUUUGUUAGCUAUUAUGACAUGUCUGAGCUCCUCACAGAUUGUGGAGGCACCAUUGGGACAGAUGGACAGGUUCUCAACUUAGUACAGUCCUAUGUCACACUGAGAGUCCCUUUGUACGUCUCUUAUGUUUUCCACUCUCCUGUGGGUAUAGGAGGCUGGCAGCAUUUCGACCUACAGUCAGAGCUUCGGCUGACUUUUGUGUAUGACACUGCCAUCCUGUGGAAGGAUGGGAUCGGUAGCCCACCUGAAGCAGAGCUCCAAGGUUCCCUGUACCCAACCAGCAUGCGUAUUAGUGAAGAGGGGCGCUUGGUUGUCAACUUUAAGACUGAAGCCCGGUUUCAUGGCCUGUUUGUUAUGUCCCAUCCUGCUUCAUCUCUAACUUCCAUGGUUAUGUCAGCUGAUCACCCAGGCCUAACAUUUAGCCUCAGCCUCAUCCGAAGUGAGCCAACCUACAACCAGCCAGUACAGCAGUGGAGCUUUGUCUCAGAUUUUGCGGUUCGAGACUAUUCUGGAACAUACACCGUGAAGCUGAUAGCCUGUACCACUGCUCCACAUCAGGAGUACAGCCUACCAGUGAUCUGCAAUCCUAGAGAGCCAAUCACUUUUGAUCUGGAUAUCCGAUUCCAGCAGGUCAGUGACCCAGUGGCUGCUGAGUUCAGCUUGAAUACCCAGAUGUUCCUCCUCUCCAAAAAGACACUGUGGCUAUCUGAUGGCUCAAUGGGCUUUGGGCAAGAAAGCGAUGUUGCUUUCUCAGAAGGUGAUAUCAUAUAUGGUCGGGUGAUGGUGGAUCCAGUGCAGAAUUUGGGUGACUCCUUCUACUGUACCAUCGAGAAGGUUUUCCUGUGCACAGGAGCUGAUGGAUAUGUACCCAAAUAUAAUCCAUCCAACACUGAAUAUGGGUGCCUUGCUGAUUCACCAUCCCUUCUGUACAGAUUUAAGAUUGUGGACAAGGCUCAGCCAGAGACACAAGCCACAAGCUUUGGAAAUGUGCUUUUUAAUGCAAAACUUGCAAUAGAUGAUCCUGAAGCAAUUCCAUUAGUUAAACAGCCAGGCUCUGAUGGAUUUAAAGUAGACUCAACUCCUCUAUUUCAGGUGUCUUUGGGUAGGGAGUGGUACGUCCAUACAAUCUACACUGUCCGUUCCAAAGAGAAUGCUAACCGUGGAAUAGGCAAAAGGAGCGUGGAGCACCAGUACCACUUGCUCUUUAGUGGUGGGAGCCCAGGAACGUCUACACAGAGACGACAGAAGAGGGGAGUUGAGCAGGACCCAGAACUUGCAACAGACAUUGGAAUGGAAAACAACCGAGGAACAAACAUACAGCACAUAGCACUAGAUCGCACCGGCAAGAAACAGGUCUCUCAAAGGGAGGUUGCAGUCAAUGGUGUUCUCCCCAGAGAACUGAAUAACCAAAGUACAGGAAUCAGCAUGGUCACAAUCAUUGGUGGAGCUGCUGCCAUUUUCCUUGCCAUUUGCUUAAUUGCAAUUAUCAUUUUGCUGCUAAAAUGGAAACAAAAUUCUGAGAAGAAAGAAGCCACAAACGAGGCAGGCAGCAAUGAACCAAUGAUGCUACCACAUAAUUACAACAGCGACAGCUCAGAGGUUUGAUUCCAAGACCACGAGAUUCAAGCCACAGUCUCCAGAGUGCCUCAAAAAAACCCCUUGAACUGCACAAUUUUAGAAGCAGAUAAUGGUGACUCAUUAGGAAUAAAGAGUUCAUAUGCUUCUAGGUGUACUUGAAAUUUGUUAUCUUGAACUCUUUUUGCCAUUAUCAACAAUAGUAGGAGCCGUACUGAAUCUCCCACUUUGCACAAAAGGAAAUGCUGACAUCCCUAUACCAUGCACUGAUUUCAAGCAGCAUAUCAAGGGACUGCAUUGUAAGGGAGAGUUAUUGUUUUAGUUUUGUACUUUCUGACAUUUCAAAAAAAUAAAAGAAACUAUACAAAGGUGCUAUAUAUCCUGUCUGCAAUAAGAGAGGAGAUCUGUUUCUUCAGAAACACAAUACUUGAGAGAAGGAAUCCUUACACUCUUCUGUUAAAUUUUGUACUGUUUCUCACAAAGAACUCAAUGUCUACAAUUAGUUUGAAAGGUAAUGAAAUGCCUUAGGUAUAAAUCCUCCCUCCUAUAGGCUUUUGACUUCACUUAAGCUAUACCAGUGAUUUUUUAAUUUUUUUUUCUACUUAUAUGUAACUGAACUUUUUCAAAAAAUGGCUAGAUUAUACAGCAUAGGAUUAUAAACAGUUGCAUACCACAGGAUGCAAUACAUACUGUUUUCUGCAAAUUUCUAUUCGUCUGUUUAAUCUGAGAAUUUUUCCCCCUUAUUUAUGUUUAUAUAAAGCCAAAGAAUGCAAUAAAAUCCAGAAAGAAUUUUGGUUUUCAGUGAAACUGGAUGCUUAUAUCCUCUAAAGUUUAUAAUGGAACAUGGAAGUGUUUUAAGGUAAAUUAUAUUUCUUAGUGCAUAUCCACUGUUGAGAAAUGCAAGCAUUAGUGUUUCAGUACCUAGAGAAGAUGAUAGUUAGAUUAAAAAUACAGAGGACAAGGUUCUGCCUGAACUGAGCCUAGGAAUCAUGGUACUGAAUCCAGCAUGUAAUUGUUAGUUGCCACAUUAAAUGGCAAAAAGUGAAGAAAAAGUUGGCAUUUGAUUGAAUCAAGUAGUAUUUAUUGCUGUAAAUCCCAGCACAUUUUGACAAGCAUGCUGGAUCACUGUUGUGCAUUUUCUAAUGAAUGACUACUUUUGCAAGAGUAGCUCUAAUUUUCUCUCAGCAUUCUUGAAUUAGGUAGCAUGGCAAGUUUGGAUCAGCAGUGUCCCAUAUCAGUUUUUAUCCAGACAGGACCUCUUCUGUCCUGAAGAUGUUUUUAUUCAGAUGGGACCUGUUCUGUCCCUAUCAAAUGCUUGACUAUGAAAGCUAUGUAACCUUCAGGAAAUUGUCUCAUUUUUCACAUUAAUGUUUUAUAUAAGUCCUUUCAAGUCAUAGAAACAUAGAAUGACCUGGGUUGGCAGGGACCUUAAAAUCAUCUAGUUCCAACCCCCCUGCCAUGGGCAGAGACACCUUUUACUAGACCAGCUUGCUCAAAGCCUUCAACUCUUCCAGCGAUGAGGCAUCCAGAACUUCUCUGGGCAACCUGUGCUAGUGUCUCACUACCUUCACAGUAAAUUUCUUCCUAAUAUGUAAACCUAUCCUCUUUCAGUUUGAAGUCAUUACUCCUUGUGCUAUUGCUACAUCCCUUUGUAUAAAGUCCCUCCCCAGCUUUCUUGUAGGCCCCAUUCAGGAACUGGAAGGCUGUUUCCAGGUCUCCCCAAAGCCUUCUCUUCCC